AUGGCCAGCAAGAGCGAAAGCGUUCGCGUCUGUGUACGCAUUCGCCCUCUCAGCACCAAGGAGGUACAAGACGGGCGCACGUACAUCGUGCACGCCAACCCAGCCCAGGGCGAGAUCUCGCUGUCCAAUCCGGAAGCGGAUGACCGAGAGCCACCCAAGAAGUUCACGUUCGACGCCGCUAUUCCGCCCGAAAGCUCGCAGCAGGACGUCUACGCGCAGGCUGCCACGGACAUCGUAGAGUCGGUUGUGAACGGCUUCAAUGGCACCAUUUUCGCCUACGGCCAGACGGGAGCCGGCAAGUCGCACACCAUGGAGGGCUACUCCGAGCCGCCCGAAGCCAAGGGCAUCAUUCCCAACUCCUUUUCGCACAUCUUCGACCGCAUUGCUGCCGAGGCCGACAACAAGCAGUUCAUGGUGUACGCGUCGUACCUCGAGAUCUACAACGAAGAGAUCCGUGACCUGCUUGCGCCCGAUCCAAAGAACCGCCUCGAGCUCAAGGAGACGGUGGACGCGGGCGUCUUCGUGAAAGACCUGACAUCUCGCCAAGUCGCGGCUGCUGCCGAGAUUGACGCCGUCAUGCAACAGGGCAAGAAGAAUCGAAGCGUUGGCGCCACACUCAUGAACCAAACGUCCUCUCGGUCGCACUCCAUGUUCACCAUAACGGUCGAAGCCUUGUCCACAGCACAAACCCAAGCCAACGGCAAACCCCACAUUUGCGUGGGUAAGCUCAAUCUUGUCGAUCUGGCUGGUAGUGAGCGGCAGUCCAAGACGGGAGCUACUGGAGAUCGAAUGAAGGAGGCCACGAAGAUCAACUUGAGUCUUUCAGCCUUGGGCAACGUCAUCUCCGCGCUGGUGGAUGGCAAGUCGCAGCAUAUUCCGUACCGUGAUUCGAAGCUCACCCGCUUGCUGCAGGACUCACUUGGCGGUAACGCGAAGACUGUGAUGAUUGCCAAUUGUGGUCCUGCCGAUUACAACUACAACGAAACAUUGUCCACGCUGCGCUACGCCAACCGCGCCAAGAACAUCAAGAACAAGCCCAAAAUCAAUGAGGACCCCAAGGAUGCCAAGAUCCGGGAGUACCAGGAGAAGAUCAAGGAGCUGCGCGAGGCCCUUGCUGCUCAGGAGAAAAAUGGUCCCGUAAUGUCCGGUGCUGAGGGUAAGGUCUUCUCGAAAGACGGUAGUGGAAGUGGCCCUGCGCCAGGUCCACAGAUCGUCGAGCGCAUCGUCGAGAAAACGGUGGUGAAGCGCGAAGGCGUGAGCGAAGAAGUGCUACGCAAGCUGGAGGAGGAUGCUCGACGCGAGAAGCGCGAGCUAAAGCAGAAGGCCCAGGAAGAAAUGAAAGCAUUGCUUGCUGCCCAGUCCCGAACGGAGGAGGAGAGAGAGCAGCUCGAGCGGGAGUUGCAGUCUCAAGCGCAGCAAAAAGAAGCAAUGGCAAAGCAGAAGGACGAGAUGGUGAACCAACUGCAAGCGCUUGAACACAAGCUCAUCUCGGGCGGACGGGUGCUAGAUAAAGCUGCCAAGCAGGAGCGUCAGCUUCGCGAGGCUCAAGCACGCAUCGAAGCUCAGAAACGUCAAGAGCUGCAGCUUGCGCAAGAGCUAGCUGAAAAGGAGGACUCGAACAUGCUCCUCGAGGAGCAGUAUGCAACCCUCCAAGAAGCCGUGGAUGACAAGACCCGCAAGCUGAAAAAGCUCUGGGCUAAGCAUAAGGCUGCUACGACAGAAAUUGAGGAUCUGAAGGCGGAGUUCCAAGCGGAGAAAGAAGACAUGUUGGAUACGGUGCGCGAACUCACUCGGCAGCUGAAGCUCAAGCAUUUGCUACUCAGCCACUUUGUGCCUCUGGAUGAAGCCCAAAGCCUAGAGAAACGAGCUCGAUACGAUGCCGACCAUGACGCCUGGCAAGUUAGCCGCCUCGAGACGAAGCCUUCGUCCCUGCGUCCCAGGCGCCCGAUAUCGCGUCGAGGAGCACGCCGCAUCGAAAGCGAAUACGCACGACGCAACCGACUAAUCGACCCGCUGAAUGUGCGUUGGCGCAGUGACAACGUUGUGCAGCUUGACUUGGAGAUGCCCGAACGACGCACUCGGGACUUCGAAGCUACGAAUGGUAUGGGGAAUGCUCUGAGCAUGAACUACUGGCUCGAACGUGUCGGCGUCGCAACGGAGGAGGACGUGGAGAUCACAUUUGCCAAUGAAGUGGAGGUGACGCCGAGUUCAUUGGCGUCUUCGGGCAGCAAGGACAGAUCUCAGUCGUCGUCGAACGGAGGGGGCAAAGAGAGCAAGGAGGGGGUGAAAAAGUCGUCGAGCAGUUCAAGCGGGGCAGAUGAGAAGAGCAGGAAGAGUGCAAGCAAGAGGCCCCCAACGGCGAGCCGUCGCCGCCGCGAGCAAAUGGAUGAGUAA